AAAACUUAUUGCAUUUGCUGUCAAUCAGUUGUCACUUUAAAGCUCUCUUUCUUCAAAGUUCCCAAUUUUGGCUUUUAGGUCUCCUUCCUUGUUCUCUCCACUUAAACUCUAGUGGAUUUCAAACAUUUUCCAGUUGAUCCAAUUCGAAUUUGAUUCGACUUAUACGAUAUUUGUUCCGGGUUUCCGUCAAGAUUGCAUUUUUAACCCCUUUUUUUGUCUUUGCCGACAAUUGGUAAGUGAGUUCUUGGAAGCCAUAUACAUCUUCUGCUGUUUCUUGUUUGAUUAACUUUUGCUCUUCUUGAUUUUACAACUAGUUGUUAGAAGAGAUUUCUUGUUUUCUGCUGCUUACUCUUUUGGGUUGUUGAAAGUUUGCUGAAGCAAACAAUGGAAGUUCACUUCUACAAGAAUCCAGAUUGAUUUUUCUACUUUGAGUUUCUUGUUUACAUUGCAUAUAUAUUUAUUGCUGAAAUUAACAUAUGCCUAAAAGGGAUACACAAUAAUUUUUUGGUUGUGGAAGUGGUUUGAGAUUUGAAAUUCAGUGGGUGUGGUUUAUGUUGGAGUGCUAGUUUUCAUUUGAUUUUUUGCAAAUUUUGAUCAAUGGAAAAAGGUGUUGAACACUUGAAGUCUGCUAGCAAAUCUAUGAGGGUUAAUUUGGAGAAAUCUAAAGCCUUAGGUUUAUCUCUUGAAAAAGAUAGGCCAAGAUUAGUUGAGAUUAAUCAUAGAUUGCCUUCUUUGGAGGCUGCAAUUAGGCCGAUUAGGGCUGAAAGAGAUGCUCUUGGGGCUGUUGUUGGACAUAUUAAUCGUGCUGUGGUACCUGCUGCUGCUGUUCUUAAGGUUUUUGAUGCCAUUCAUGGGCUUGAGAAGUCGUUGUCUGAUCCUGAAUCUGACAUCCCUGGGUACCUUGGUGUGCUCAAGAGGCUUAAAGAGGCGUUACGAUUUUUGGGGGAGAAUUGUGACAUGGCAAUUCAGUGGUUGGCAGACAUUGUGGAGUUUCUAGAGGAUCAUAAUGUUGCUGAUGGAAAGUUUAUUUCUAGUUUGAAGGAGGCGUUGACUUCUCUAAGGGAGUUGCAGAGUGGGGAGGAUGGGGGUCACCUCGAUGGAGGACUUCUUGAGGUUGCAUUGGAUAGAUUGGAAAAUGAAUUUAGGCGGUUACUGACUGAAAAUAGUGUUCCACUGCCAAUGUCUACUCCGGACUUACCAGGUGAGCAAGCCUGCAUAGCUCCAUCCCUUCUGCCUGUGGCUGUUAUAAAGAAGCUACAGAGUAUACUUGGCAGAUUGGUUGCCAAUAACAGGCUUGAAAAGUGUGUGUCCAUCUACGUUGAGGUACGCAGUUCAAAUGUCAAGGAAAGUUUGCAGGCACUUAAUUUGGAUUACCUCAAGAUUUCUGUCUCCGAAUUCAAUGACGUGCAGAGCAUAGAGGGGCACAUUGCUAAUUGGGGUAACCAUCUAGAGUUUGCUGUGAAACAUCUUUUAGAGGCCGAGUAUAAACUCUGUAAUGAUGUCUUUGAAAGAUUAGGAUUGGAUCUGUGGAUGGGUUGUUUCGCUAAAAUAGCAGCCCAGGCAGGUAUUCUUGCAUUCCUUCAGUUUGGAAAAACUGUUACAGAGAGUAAGAAGGAUCCAAUUAAGAUGUUAAAACUGUUAGAUAUCUUUGCAUCUUUAAACAAGCUGAGAUUGGAUUUCAAUCGUCUCUUUGGUGGAGCUGCAUGUGCUGAAAUCCAGAAGUUGACGAGGGAUCUCAUCAAGAGGGUGAUUGAUGGGGCUAGUGAACUCUUCUGGGAACUUCAGGUUCAAGUUGAAUUGCAGAGGCAAAUACCCCCUCCUCCAGAUGGUGGUGUCCCGAAACUUAUCAUCUUUAUCACCGACUACUGCAAUAAGCUGCUUGGAGAUGAUUAUAAGCCAAUUCUCACCCAAGUUUUGGGAAUUGAAAAAAGUUGGAAGCGUGAAAUAUUUCAAGAACGGCUUCUCUUUGAUGAGCUACUGAAUAUUAUGAGAGCUAUUCAGUUGAAUCUAGAGACAUGGUCCAAGGCAUACAAAGAUGAUACCUUGUCAUACGUUUUCUUGAUGAACAAUCAUUGGCAUCUUUACAAUCAUCUGAAAGGCACAAAGCUUGGUAUUAUUGUUGGAGAUUCUUGGUUGAGAGAACAUGAACAGUACAAGGAGUACUAUUCUGCCGUCUUCUUGAGAGAGAGCUGGGCUAAGCUUCCGGUUUUAUUAAGCCGGGAAGGUCUUAUUCUCUUCUCUGGUGGGCGUGCCACUGCUCGCGAUCUUGUUAAGAAAAGAUUAAAAGCUUUUAAUGAAGCUUUUGAUGAAAUGUAUAAGAAGCAGUCUAAUUGGAUCAUUCUUGACAAAGAACUAAGAGAAAAGACAUGCCAGCUCACCGCCCAGGCGAUUGUACCUGUUUAUCGGAGUUACAUGCAGAACUACGGACCAUUGGUUGAACAAGAAGGAAGUUCCAAAUAUGCAAAGUACACUGUUGAGUCUUUGGAGAAAAUGCUGAAUACUCUUUUUGUUCCAAAGCCUGCGAGACAUGGUAGUUUCAAAGUUCGAAUACCUAGCGGAAAGUUCAACAAUAGCGUUGCAGAUCAAAAUCAGACUGCGAUGCGUUAGGUAACUGUGAGUUUUUUUAUCCUCGAGACGAUUAAGGACUUAUCAAUUAGACCUAUUCAUUUCACUUAUGUAUUUACUCAAUUCAUUUAUUCACAAACUAAGCAUUAGUACCAUCUCCUGAAUUGUUGUAGCUGUUUUGUACAAUGGAUUAGCAACUUUACAAUGUUUCUUUAUAAUAAAGACAAUUUUAUCA